AUGGCGACCGCGGCGCAGAAGACGAUGGAGCGGCAGCCGAGCAAGCGGACCAUCUCCGACAACGAGCUCGCGCGAGAGGUCGCGGAAAUCAAGGCGCAGGAGGCCCGGGACCGACGCAAGAAGCUCCUGGGCCUCCAAGAGAAGAAGGACAAGGAGCAGCGCCAGCUCCACAAGACCAAGUCCGGCAACAUGGCGGAGCGCGUGGUGGACGGCAAGGCCGUGCCGGCCCCACCGUCAGCCAACGCGGCCUCCCCAGGGGGCUUCCGUGUGCCUCAGCAGGAGCGCAUCACGGACAUCGUGUCGCGCGAGGCCAACCGCCCGGCGAAGAACAUCGGCGAGGCCGCGGCGCGCGGCGACACGAAGCUCAUGGAGGUUUUCAUCGAGCAAGAAAAGAGUCCGUUUGAUGCGAACAAGAAGGACGCGAUGGGCCGCACGCCGCUCCACUGGGCGGCGGAGGGCGGCAGCAUGGCGGCCAUGAUGAUGCUGCUCGAGCUCGGCGCCGACCCGGAGGUGACGGACUACCACAACGGACUCAACGCGCUGCACUUUGCGGCGCGCGCAGGCCGGGAGGGCGCCGUGCGUUUCCUGAUCAACCUGAUGCCCAAGGACAAGCGCGACCGGUUCAUCAACUCCCCGGACAAGCGCGGGUGCACCCCGGCGUUCCUUGCCCACGAGCUUGGUGUCGACGGCGAACCCACGUUUAAGCUUCUGUUGGAAAUGGGCGCGCGCUGGAACUCGCAGCAGCUGACGGGGCCCGCCCCGAAGACCACCACGUCCGCGCCGCGCAGCUACGGGCGCGCGUGA